GUGAAGAAGUAACUGGAAUCGGAAGCAGCUGUAUCCACGCACGUGAAGUACUUUUUCCUCAUCUGUAAAUACUGUAGGAACAGGAUGGACAUUAUUGAGGUUCCCGUGACACAGAAGGGCAAAAGCAAGAAAAAGAAAAAUAAGAUUGACCAGUCGAAGGACGCGGAGCAGCCAGACAAGAUGGAAACUAACGAUGUAGAGGUGAAAGAAGAGAAGACUGAGGCCACCGUCGCCUUCCCACCGACGUUCAGCGUGUCUGAAAUCAAGAAUAAGCAGCGAAGACACUUGAUGUUCAUGAAAUUCAAGCAAGAAAAAAGAAAGCAAAAGAUGGAGCUGAAGAAACAGAGGAAAAGACAGGCAAAACUUUUGGGUGACAAGGCGCCACCUAAACAAGUCCCCAAGACAAUAGAAAACCAAAGAGUCUACGACGAAACAACAGUUGACCCCGAAGAUGAAGAGGUUGCGUUUGAUGAGGCAACAGAUGAAUUUUCUGCUUACUUCAACGGGCUAACAAACCCCAAAGUGCUCAUCACAACAUCAGACAGACCAAGAGGGAGAACAGUGAAGUUCUGCAGGCAGCUGGCCACUGUGAUCCCAAACGCUCAUGUCUACUACAGAAGAGGCUUGGCCCUCAAGAGAAUCAUUCCCCAGUGUGUCGCCAGGGACUUCACAUACCUUAUCGUCAUCAACGAGGACCGUAAAGUGCCAAAUGGUUUGGUUCUUUGUCACCUGCCUGAGGGGCCCACUGCACACUUCAAGGUCAGCAGUGUUCGGCUACGAAAGGAAAUGAAGAAAAAAGGCAAGGAACCAACAGAGCACUAUCCAGAAGUGAUCCUGAACAACUUCACCACGCGUUUGGGCCACAGCAUCGGCCGGAUGUUUGCUGCCCUUUUCCCUCAAAACCCCCAAUUUGUGGGUCGGCAGGUGGCCACCUUCCACAAUCAGAGAGACUUCAUCUUUUUCCGAUUUCACAGAUACAUAUUCAAGAAUGAGAAAAAGGCCGGAAUUCAGGAGCUGGGACCUCGUUUCACUCUUAAGCUUCGCACUCUUCAGAAAGGCACCUUCGAUUCCAAGUUUGGCGAGUACGAGUGGGUCCUCAAGCGCCAUGAAAUGGAUGCCUGUAGGCGGAAAUUCCAGCUGUGAAGGCAAAAUAUCCCUCCUGGGAUUACGCAUGGACAUCUGUUUAUCGCCCAGUUUGUGGUUUCCCUCAAAAUGACUGUAUUGUGCUAUUCAUGGAUUUUGAGUCCUGUAACCAACAGAGGAGAGCAGUUACAGGCUUGAUUACACACACGAUGGAGAAACACAGAUUUUAUUGCUUUCUGUUGCAUUUAACACACAACAAGGUGUUAAUUGUUAUUUACGGAUCCUCGGCCCCUCUCAAGAAUGUCUCACAAUUGUGUAUAACAAAUUGUUUUUUGUUUUUUAGUGUCUGUCUGAUACCUUGUAGUGCAGUUGAAUACUAUGUCAUCUUUACAAACAUGAACAAUUAUGAAGAGCUUACUCGGAGACAUAGUGCCAACUGAACUAUAUAAAAUCUUGUGUGAUAUGGAAAAUAUAUAAUUUUCACAGAGUGAAAUGUAUUUAUUCUUUACGUCAACCAUGCCAACUACAAUUCCUAAGGCACAUGGGGGGGGGGGGGUUGGUCCUGUGAUUCGUUGUUUUUCUAUCCAUUUCAUACAAACAUAACCAUGACAUUUUGGGAUUAGGCAGAUUUUUACGGAGUAGGACUGAUUUUCAUAUAUUUAUUUAAUACAAGAAUGACAUUGAGGAUAGUUUGUGCAUGGAAGUAGAAAUGGUUGCACAUCACAGGAAGGCCUGAAAAAUACACAUUUUCAAUGUUUUUUCAUACUACAGUAGUUUACUGAUGGAUGAAAACCCUUGAUUUACAUGGUUUUGCCGCAUUAAACCAAGGAACUCAAUGUAAUUGUUUAAAACAUACAGAAAAUAUGUGGAAAAUGUAAGCACCCAGAAAUGUUUACGAGUGGAACGUUAUGAAGGCAAUUAAAAACGAAACUUAAGUUAGUUGCAAUUUUCCCUAACACUCCUGAGGCGAUUCCAGUCCAUCCACCCGAGGCACCACACAACUGAAGACCUGUAGAAGGAUUGCAAACGUGAAUACGCGAAGGACUGAUGAAAUAUAAUGUAAAGUGGGACUCACGGUGACCAGGGCCCCGCUGCUAUAGGAAGGAGCACACUUUCUGAGGUCUGAAGGGGUUGUUGCUGGAUGACAUUCCAGUGAGUAGCGGGUCAUGCUGGGCGUUAUGAAGACAAAACUGCUGUAGGUCAGCAGCGGCCAUGGACACCUGACGAUCACCAACGAUGGACAUUAAGUCGAUUACGCCAGUACAACAGAAUUUGUAAAACGAGUUUAAGCACAGAGAAACAACGCCCUACAGCCAAGCGUAGUUUGUACCUUCACUCGAUUUAUUCCUGCUUCAAACCGUAGUUGCUGGACGAUUUUCUUCAUCGCUACGAUGCUUGAUGACCCCGACAUUGUUGUUUAUUGUUUGAUCGAUUAUAGUUUCUGGGGAGAAAAAACUAAAAUUUAAGUUCCAGCAACUUGUUGACAAGCGGGCGAUGACUGUACUUCCGGUUUGUAGGGGGGUGCGUCCUCUAGUGGUGCCUUCAAGUUUUUGUAAUACUGUUGGGAUUGACGGAUAACGGAAAUUGAAUCUUCCUUGAUAAACUUUGUGAAUCCUGUCAUUCUGUCUGUAACCUGAGAAGUUGCGUUACAUUUGUUCUUUUCAAUUAGAUUAAAAUAAAGGAGGGAAACGUA